AGAGGAAUGGAUGACAAAACCCUCAACAGAAGGUGUUAUAAAGGCAAACACUGAAUAUGUAUUAAUUAAAACCAUUGUUGAAGAAUACAGCACUGAUGGCCAUCUUGUGGUGAAUUGUAUAGGAUGGAAUGCAGUCAAACCAAUCGUUAUGCAGCAGAGAAAUUGUAUAAUCGUUGACGAUUCGAUGGUUGAAGCAGAAGUAAAACCUACGCUUCUCCGAAUAAAAGAAGAAUUAGCACAAGAAAUGCAAGAACAGAUGGACGAAAGAGGAUUGGAUGAUACAUUCGAAGAUGACUCAUUUGAUGAAUCGCACAGUAAGUGAAAUUUUGUAAUUCAUUUAAUCACCACUACCACCAUUUUAUAGAGAAUGAAGAAUAUAAUCGAUACCAUUAUUUUUAUUAUUGUUAUUAUUAUUUUGAUCAUCAUCAUCGUCAUCAUCAUCAUC